AUGUCAGGAAACGGUGUCUCGCCCGUGGACGCACACCUGGUGGUUAGGUACGCUCCUCACGACGGGGAGCAGACGGGACGGUCGACACGGCGAGGCUCCAUCCAGGGGACGUCGAUCUGCGUGGACGAACCGUGUGAUUUGGAGCCGGAGUCUUGCUCUCCAGCGUCAUCCAGCUCACGGCACCUCUCGGCGUCGCUGAGGGUGUGCGAUUUGUACCAAUGUAUUCACCAGCAGUCGUCUGCAAGCUCGCACCCUCAGAUACACACGUCGUGGUGUGGGUCGCGGUCGCGACCGGGGUCGCAGUCUGUGCACGAGGUGCGGAGUCCCUCGCAGAGCCGAGAUAGCCACUAUCUGCGUCGCUUUAGCGAUACCGAGGCGAACCUGAAUCCCAGAUUCCAGCUGGGACGGUCCGCGUCGUUCGAUCGGGAAUCGGAGGCGUUGCGACUGCCCACAAGAAAUCAACCGAACUUCGGAGAGCUGGUAUGGAACCCUGCUCCAUCGCGGAACUCGAGCCUCUCGUCGGCGUCACAAGCGUCCUCUGCGGGAACCUGUUUGUCUGUGACCGAGCACAGCACCCACGAGGACAUUGGCGAUCAAGGAGACCAUGAUAUGUGUGAGCCUCGCCAUUCUAGUAAUGCCCACGAUUCAGGCCAUGAGGGCUGGGUAGACCUUGGCAAUCCUUGCUGCCGUCAUCACCAUCGGCGGAACUCCACGGCCAUCAAGUUUCGCAAAGCACUUUACGAAGAGCCGGAGUAG